CAAGUUCAAUGGGACAAGAAGAACCGUUGGAGUGCGGGAAGGUUCUGUGGAGACUUCUCGUUCCUGAGGCAUGCCACUUCGACUUCAUCUGCAUGUCUGCUGAGACGACGCUUUCCAUUGCCAAGUCAUCAUUUGCAACAUGUUGAAGCAGGCUUCUGUGGUACUGUGUCUUGCUCUGGGCAUCUCCGCUUCUAGUCCACACGUUCACCACCUGCCCAGUUUACGUGAGCAAGCAAAAAUCCAAGAUGGCUGGCGUGAAGAGAGAUUAGCCACGAUACCUGCCAUUCUGCGUAAACACGGUGUCGAUGCUUGGAUUGUCAGCCAACGCGAAUAUGGCGAAGAAACCGUCUUCUGGUCCAUGAAGCAAGCAGAGCAAUUCUCAGCACGACGUAGAACGCUUUCCAUAUUCUUCGCAGAUGACGGCUUUGAAGGCUGCGAAUCUCACACGUGGAUCGAUAACACUCCAAAGCUCUGGCAAGACCUCCACAAUGUACUUCGAUUUUGCGAUCCACACAGUAUUGCACUGAACAUCGAUUCAGAGAUCGCAUUUGCUGGAGGCUUACAUGCGGGAGAAUACAGGAAGCUACUUGAAGAAGUUCCCGCACCAUGGAACGAGCGUUUCGUAUCGAAGCCAUUGGUGGCAGUGGAGUAUAUUGCGACAAUGCCUAAAUCGCGCCUGCACUGGUAUCGUAAGCUCAUGGAGACAGCAUGGGCAGUCAUAGAUGAAGGCUUCAGUGAGCGAGUCAUCACCCCCGGCAAGACAACGACCGAAGAUGUCGAAUGGUGGUUUCGAGAGAGAUUGCAAUCACUGAAUUACACGACUUGGUUCCACCCCGAUGUGACAAUCCUCCCAGGCUGGUUAACAGCAGAAGACAAAUCACAACGCUCUAAUGCGGAAAAGCAAAACACGAUCAAACACGGCGACCUUCUGCACGUCGACUUCGGCCUCACAGCCCUAGGUCUCAAUACAGACACACAACAUCUCGCUUAUGUACUUCACCCUGGCGCUUCAGAAUCGGACAUUCCCGCCUCUCUCCUCGCGGGUCUGAAGAAAGGCAAUAAACUUCAAGACAUCGUUCGCUCACACAUGGUCCCCGGCCUUUCAGGAAACGAAAUCCUCCUCAACGCUCUCGAGUCCAUGCGCGAGGCCAACAUUUCCGGAAAGAUCUAUUCGCACCCCAUCGGCGACUGGGGCCAUAGUGCUGGAACACUGAUCGGCAUGACGAAUUUGCAAGAUGGCGUUCCUGUUUUGGGUGAUUUGCCAUUGUUGAAGGAUAUGUAUUAUAGCGUGGAGUUGUAUGUGGAGCAUUGGGUUGAGGAGCGAAAUGAGACGAUUGUGUUCCCAUUGGAGGAGGAUGUGUAUUGGGAUUCGGAGAAAAAGAGCGGGGAGUGGGUUUGGGGGAGGCAGGAGAAGUUUCAUUUGGUGAGGUCGUCGAAAGAACAGAAGGAGGAUUUAUGAAGAUACGAACGUGGUGAGAGAGGCUGAAAUCAAUUCACGGGUGAGUAAAGCGCCGGAGACAACCAUAUAUGUCCUACUCUUUCUCGACGCACGAGAGUCUGUCGCUGCUCUUCCCGAGAAAAGCCUGUUCAACCAAGACCCAUCCGGCUGCCUCCUCCUGAAUGCCAUCGUCAGGCUCAGCAAGAAUGAUCGUCGCCUCACACAGGACCUGCCUAUCAAAGCCUAUGCCGGCGAUCUUGAUCUCUCGCACCAUAUCCGCCCCGUUUCUCUCAGUGCUUGGUGGAAGAACGAAUUCCAACGCAUAAGCCCU